GUUGCCUCCCAUUCAUAACAAAACGGAAUGCUUGAAUUAAAAAGAAAACACGAACGUUCAUUAAGAGCACUGCUGAAGAGGAAAAUACAACCGCUGAAGCCACACAUGGCCACACCAUGGGUGUUCUGUGGCCACACUGCUCGAUCAUUCAGUGUAAAGGCAGUAAAAAAUGAUAACGGCACCCCACCGGCGCCAGUUCUGCGGCAGACGAUAAAAGCAAAGGUUUAAGGGCGCUUGCUACUUGGAGAUUAGCGUGGCAAUCUUGGCUUACUUUGCGGUCGCUCGCAGUUAAAAGAAAAGGCGUUGAGAGGUUGAAAGUCGCACGGACGAACCAGUGGGGCGGCGCAGUAUUUCUACGUGAUGGCGGAAUCAACAGGUGACACAGCAAGCCGCCGUACUGGCGCAUUCUGGAAGAGAAAGUAUUAUGUGAUAAUAACUGGAGCAAGCGUUGGAAUAGGAAGAGCUGUAGCUCAAGCGUUCAGCCAAGAAGUUUCCGAGAAAUCCGUGUUUGUCAUCACCGGUCGCAACGCCGAGAAUCUCAAUGAAACCAAACGCCUUGUCGGCCAAGUUUCUCCUGGCGUUGAAGUCAUUGCAGAAGUUAUGGAUCAUUCCAAGGCCACUUUUGAAGAUUACCGGAAGCUGAUAACGGACACAUGGGCCAAGAUAUCUGAGGCAGACGGCGUUGUGUUGGUUCACAAUGUAGGCACGGUCGGUGAUGUGCACAAGUAUGCAAGCGCCUUCACUGACGAGAAAGAAAUUGACGACUACUUCCACCUCAACUUAACCUCUGUUAUGACGCUGACUUCGGCCUUUCUUGAACAGUUUCCAAACAGUUCCACCAUUUCUCGAACCAUUAUCAACAUUUCGUCACUUGCCGCUGUAAAGCCAUUGGCUGGGGCAAGCAUUUAUUGCACUGGGAAAGCUGCUCGACAGAUGUACUUCAAAAUUAUUGCAGCAGAAAAUCCAUCGGUGACAGUUCUCAAUUACUCACCAGGCCCUGUAGACACAGCCAUGCAUCAAGCAUUGCACCAAGGAGUAAAGGAGAUUGCUGCUGUGGCAGAAGGUGCAAGGGAAUCUGGUAUGCUUCUGACUCCGGAUGCCACAGCUCUUCGUCUGGUUCAAAUUCUUGGGGCUCAGGAAUUUCAGUCUGGGGAUCAUGUCGACUACUUUGAUCGAACCUAGUGCGUUGAGAACGUCGUGUUCAUUCUGUGGCCAUUUGUUUUGCUCGGCGUUUCUUCCAGGGUUACAAUUUGUAACUGUUUUUUCAAACUGAACUAGAGGUGCAUUAAGGAUAUUGAUGAUUGAUCAUAUUACAUAUGGUUGAUGUAAGACAAAGCAUCAGAAGCAUAUGCACGGAUGCAGGCACAAUUAAAAAGCAACCGCAACUUUUUUGUCCUUUGCAGUAAACAUUAAGUAGCAUUAUCUUGCUUAAGUUGCCAUCCCUUAUUAUUAUUCUUAACAUUACAAUGCAGUGAUGAUAAGCAGUGUGUCACAAACAGGCGUAAUUUUGUUGUUGUUGCUUUUGUUUAAAGUCUUCAAGGGCAUGCACUUCGUGUAUGAACCAAGCUCACACUGUUCUGUUUUUAUGUGGAGAGAAUACUUAAGGGUACUGAUUGUAUUACUAUAGUCUUGCUUGGUGCAAUAUUGCUACUUAUUACAAUAUAUAUUUAGUAGCUUUAGGCCACCUCUUGUUAUGCUACUUAGUGCCUUUUAAUUUGCGGUGUCUACAUUUUCCCAGCUUAUUCAUGGUUGUGCUGGCAGCAGUACGCUUUGCAGUUACUUGAAAUGUGCUUGUUGAUUGUGCCAAUAAAAUGCGCCAAUACUUGAUUGUAUUACUGUGCCAAUAAAUUGUGCCAAUACAUGAU